AUGAAACGCAGCCAGCAGCGCCAAUUCUCAGACUCCCCGCAUGCAGCAGCAGCAGACGGGCCGCUUCAGGGGCCCUCUGCUGCUGCAGGGGGGGCCCCCCGGGGGCCCCCCAAGGGGGGGGCCCCCGGGGGGCCCCCCUCCAGCUCCCGGGGGCCCCCCUCCAGCUCCAGGGGGGCCCCCUCUGCAGCAACUGCUUCUACGGAGGGCCUCAAAGGCAGACGCAGCAUGCCUUUGGACUUGACAAAAGUGAAGAACAAACACAGCAGCGAAGCUGUCCCUAAACUGUCUCCCCAAGAGCUGCAGCAGCUGCAGCAGCAGCAGCAGCAGCAGCAGCAGCAGCAGCAGCAGCAGCAAGGAGAGGAAACCGACACAGAUGCUUCCAACGGCGAACCCGAUGAGGGGCCCCCCACCUUCUUCGGGGCGCCCAGAGACGCAGCAGCAGCAGCAGGCAGCAAAAGGGGGCCCCCCAGGGGGCCCCCCAAGGGGCCCCCCAAGGGGCCCCCCAAGGGGCCCCCGCCCAGGGGGCCCCCCACCAAGGGGGUCCCUAAGGGGCCCCCCCAGGGGCCCCCCAAGAAGUGGGGGGCCCCCCCAGUACCCUACAGCUUGGAGGCGGUGCCUGUGGAGCCCCCUGAGGGCCCCUCUGGCUCUGGGGGCCCCUCGGGGGGGCCCCCGGGGGCCCCUUUAGACAAAGAAGAAGCAAAGGGACUUAUAAAAGAGACAGAAAGUGAAAAAGGAGACAAACAAAUCCCAGAAAAGAACAACAAGUGGUGGGCCCCCCUGCUGCACCCCCCCCACUUUAACUUCUGGGACUUGGGGGCCCCCAGCGACUCCGAGGGGGCCUCCAGCGACAGCGGGGGGGCCCCCAGCGAAGCUGGGGGGCCCCCCAAUGGGGACCAGGGGGCCCCCUGUGGGGUGGGGGGGGCCCCCAGCGGGGGGCCCCCUGCCUCUGAAGGAGACAGGGAAAUCCCCAGGACCCCCAAAGCAGCAGACAGGAUUUUAAAAGAGAUUGCUGAAGUGCCUUGGGAGCUACGGGGACAGCCCAGACAGCAGCAGCAGCAGCAGCAGCAGCAGCAGCAGCAGCAGCAGCAGCAGGAAAGGGCACAGCUGCUGCAGCCACCUACGGGGGGCCCCCUCACUCCCAACAAGGCAGCAAGGGGGCCCCCGCCCCCGCCCGCAACAAGCAGCUUGCCUUCUUGGGGGCCCCCCAAAGCUGCUGCAGCUGCGCAAAACGCGCAGCAGCAGCAGCAGCAGCAGCAGCAGCAGCAGCAGCAGCAGAAGGCCCUUUCUGUUCGGGGGCCCCCAGCCAAGAGCAGGCCCCAGGGGGGCCCCCCAACUCCAAAGGCCAAGUCCAAACCCUCUGCUGCAGCUGCAAAGAAGAGGCCCCCUUCUGCUGCACCACCGGGGGGCCCCCCUCCAAGGGGCCCCCAAGCAGGGGGGCCCCCCAACAUGAAUGGCUUGGGGGCCCCCCCCAGCAACUCAGGUUUGGUUCUCAGCGGCUACAGCAGCAGCAGCAGUGGGGCCCCAGACCCAGGCGUGGGGGCCCCCGCGUGGGGGCCCCCCCUUGGGGGGCCCCCAGUGGCGAUACCCCUAAAUGGCGAGGGUCCUAUGGGGGCCCCCAGCCCGGGGGGCCCCACCCUGGAGUGGCUCCCUGUUCAGGGGGGCCCCCCUGUGGGGGCCCCUGUGGGGGCCCCUGUGGGGGCCCCUGUGGGGGCCCCCCCUGUGGAGAUCUUGCCUAUGGAGUUCUGCCCCGCUACAGAGGGGCCCCCUGUGGGGCCCCCCUCCCCUGUGGGGGCCGCCUCCCGUGUGGGGGCCCCCUCCCCUGUGGGGGGCCCCCCUGUGGGGGCCCCCAGGGGGGGCCCCCCUGGCCGAGGGGCCCCCGUGGCAAUGAAGCCCCUAAGGGAAUUCCCGGGGGUCUCUGCAAACUUCGAUGGGCUGUGGCAAAUAUGGCUGAGACAACAAGAGGCCCUUUCUAUUGAAGAUGUGCCCCCCUUGGGGGCUGGGGGGCCCCCCAGUACCCUCCCGGAGGGGGCCCCCCCGGCUAGGCAGAGCGGGGGGGCCCCCUCGGGGGCCCCCCCGGGGGGCCCCCAGAAGGAGGCCCCCGGGGGCCCCCAGAAGGAGGCCCCCGGGGGCCCCCAAAAGGGGCCCCCCGAGACUUAUAGAGUUAUGCUAAAUGCUAGUAAGGCUGAAGACGAACUUGUGUACGAUGUGUACAAGGAAGAGCCCCUCCCGGACCCUGCUGCUGCAGCAGCAGCAGCGGCAGCAGCAGCAGCAGCAGCGGGGCCCCCCCCAAGCGUCUACCCCAGCGAAGACCCUCUGGGGCCCCCAGCAACCUGGGGGGCCCCGGGGGCCCCCCCAGUAGACCCUUUUGCUGCUGCUGUGGGGGCCAGCGAGGGCUUUAAUACUUUUUGGGAGAGAAUGCAAAGACACAGGGCGCAGCAGUACUACUGA